AACUGAUCUUAAUUACUAGCCAUGCCUAUAUUCAAACAAGUUGAUGUUUUUACUAGUGUGAAGUAUAAGGGAAAUGCUGUUGCCGUGCUCUUUGAUGCUGAUAAUUUGAGCACUGAAGAAAUGCAAGCAAUUGCCCGGUGGACCAAUCUUUCUGAAACCACAUUCGUUGUAAAAGCAACCCAGGAAGGAGCUGAUUAUCGAGUUAGAAUUUUCACCCCAGGUUGUGAAUUACCAUUUGCUGGCCAUCCUACUCUUGGUACAGCAUAUGCUUUACUCGAAGAGGGAAGGAUCGCCCCUCAUGACGGGAAAGUUAUCCAGGAAUGUGAUGCUGGAUUAGUUGAAAUUACCGUUACAGGAGAAGAUUCGCUGAGAGAACUUUCAUUUAAGUUACCAUAUUUUAGAAUGACCCCUAUCUCCACAGAAGUUGUCAAGCAAGUUGAAGCUAGCUUGGGAAAGAAUGUCGUUGGCGAACCUAUAUUGAUCGAGGACGGUCCUAAAUGGGCAGUGUUUGAGUUUGGAUCAGGAGCCGACGUAUUGGAAGUGAACUUAGAUAUGACUGAAUUAAGUAAGAUAAGUGUAGCUAAUGGAUGGACAGGGUUAGGUUUGUUUGGUCCUAAGGAGGGUAAUGGAUAUGAAAUGAGAAAUAUCGCCCCUAGUAUUGGUGUUCCUGAAGAUCCUGCUUGUGGAAGUGGCGCAGGUGCCGUAGGAGCCUAUCUUGGAACUACCAAGGGAAAGCAAGGAAAGUUUAGUAUUACACAAGGAUGUCGCAUUAGUAGAGAUGCAAAGUUGAGUGUUAAUUUGAGCAAAGAUGAAAAUGGGUUGGUUAUUGAGGUCGGCGGUCAAGCCGUGACUUGCUUUAAAGGAGAGUACUAGAACUAUCUAAUUCAAUAGAGCUUAGCAUUGCAUAAUCUAUACGUAGCUAAUCCAUAUUGAUUUUACUGAACAACGAUAUCAAUUGUUGUUCAAAUUCCGACUCCAAUUUGUCCACUUCACUAGUUCCAAAAUCAUCAAGUUUAUCCAAGUUAGCAAGUCGAUUAAUCAAUUCCCGCUCAGUUGCGUUGGGAGCUGAUUUCAAUUUCAAAUUAUCCAAUUCUGUCAAAUCAUUGAAUUCUUGGAUAUCUUCUCCACCGACCCCGAACUCCUCACUGGAUAUCGUUCCGAAUAUACCUUCAUUCAUUUCCUUCCAUUUCUCGUCAAUCUUUUCCUGGGCCGUGGUUGCCUCAGCUGACUUUUUCGCAUACUCUCUAAACAACCUUCUUUUUUCUACAAUUUUUGAAGUUCGACUGGUCAACUGUUUCAUAAACAAAUCAGCAUCAAUCGGAACUGAGCUGGUUAAUGUUACCGUGACUGCCUCGGGGUUGGAAAACUUCAUGCGAAUCAUAAUCAUAAACUUCUCAAUCCAUUGAAUAAGCUUGAGAAACAAGUGUUGGUCGUCUUUGCAAUACACGUUGUGCAUGAAUUCCCAAAGUAUCUCUUCAUGGUUGUCUAAUAACGACUUCAACGAGUCGUAUAUCUCAAAUGAAGUCAUGUAGUAAAUUCCUUCGUUGGUUAUCGUAGUCAACAAAUUCAUUAAAUCAUCCAUAAAUUUGUGAAACGACAGAAAAACAAGGUGCACAUCACUCUUGGCAAAGAUCUUCAUCAAUGGUUGGUAGAAAAUGGUAAGGAAUUCCUUAAUGAGUCGGGUGAGUUCCGGCUCGGUCCAAAGUUGCUUAAAGAGGUUCUUGUCACGUUUACGCACUUCAAGUUGCCAAUAUUGUUUGACACACAGGUGGAGAUGCGGGGUGGAUAGGAUUUCAUCAACUG